CUUACAUCGAGUAGUUUUUACUUAUUAGAUAGCCUUUAAAGUUAUUCAGUGCCUACCUCUCCUUCUUCUUUCUCCUACGAACAUAGUGAAGUAUAGGUUGUUCAGCCAACCAAUUGAUUGGUCAAGUAAUUGACAGCCGCUAAUCUUGCACAUAGAAAAUUUUCUUUCCUUUUUUUUGCUUUCUAUCAGUUUGUUCAAAAUGGUUUUGUAUUUCACUAGCAAUGUUGUUGACCCACCUGCUACCAUUUAUAUGGGAAAAGACAAGUUUGAAAAUGAAGAUUUGAUCAAGUAUGGAUUCCCUGAAGAUUUUCAUGUUGACAAACUCUCUAGCGCACACGUUUAUGUCCGUUUACAACCUGGACAGACAUGGCUCGAUAUUCCACCUGAAGUGGUUGAUGAUUGUGCUCAACUGGUAAAAGCCAACAGCAUCGAAGGAAAUAAAAAGAACAACAUCACAGUUAUCUAUACACCAUGGGAUAACUUGAAAAAGACACCUGGCAUGGAAACAGGUCAAGUCACCUUCCAUAAUCAUAAAAAGGUGAAACGAGUGCAUGUUGAAAAAAGAAUCAAUGAGGUUGUGAACAGAUUGAAUAAGACCAAGGUGGAGCGAUAUCCUGAUUUAAUGCAGGAAAAGAUUCAAAGAGAAAAGAUGGAUAGAAAAAAGGCUCGUGCGGAUGAAUUUGCUCAGAAAGAAGAAGCUCGAAGAUUAGCUGAAGAAAAGAGAAAGGCCGAAAAAGAAAUUAAUGAUUUAUUUGAUCCAUCUUUGAUGAAGAGCAAUUGGAGAGAAACAGAAGUUGAAGAUAUUAAUGCCGCUGAAGAGGAUUUUAUGUAA